GCGUUGGCCGCUGGGAGGCACGCAAGACGCACGAGAGCAAAACGUGUCAGGGCAAUCGCAGCUGACAGGCAGACAACUGUUGUUAACAGUAAUGUUAGUAGAACUCUCCUCCCGGCUCAGAGCACCGAACCCAGGAGGGGAACUCAAAACAGUUCACGUUUUCUACUCUGGGAGUUACUUAAAUGUUGUAUCUUCUCUCUGCGGGCAGAGAAAAGUUUCUGAGGGCUCACUGAGCGACUAAGACAUGGCAGCCUCUGAACUUUACGCCAAGUUUGCCCGUGUAUGGCUGCCAGAUGCAGAAGAAGUGUGGAAGUCAGCAGAGCUUGUCAAAGAUUACACUCCUGGCGACCAGAAGCUGACUCUGCAGCUGGAUGAUGGCACGGAGGUGGAAUACAAAAUAGACCCCCGAACCAACAACCUGCCACCACUAAGAAACCCUAACAUCCUGGUGGGGGAAAAUGACCUCACAGCUCUCAGCUACCUGCACGAGCCUGCAGUGCUACACAACCUUAAAGUGCGCUUUACCGACUCCAAGUUGAUUUACACAUACUGUGGAAUUGUCCUUGUUGCCAUUAAUCCUUAUGAGAGCCUGCCCAUCUAUGAAUCGGACAUCAUCAAUGCCUACAGUGGGCAAAACAUGGGAGACAUGGACCCCCAUAUAUUUGCAGUAGCAGAGGAAGCAUACAAACAGAUGGCUAGAGAUAAUAGAAACCAGUCCAUCAUAGUGAGUGGUGAGUCAGGAGCUGGCAAAACUGUCUCUGCGAAGUACGCUAUGCGUUACUUUGCCACAGUCAGCUGCUCCUCUGAUGAAGCCAAUGUUGAGGAGAGAGUCCUUGCCUCCAGCCCCAUCAUGGAGGCUUUUGGGAAUGCCAAGACAACAAGGAAUGACAACAGCAGUCGCUUUGGGAAGUACAUUGAAAUUGGGUUUGAUAAGCAGCAUUGUAUAAUUGGGGCUAACAUGAGAACCUACUUACUGGAAAAGUCUAGAGUUGUGUUUCAGGCCCACGAUGAAAGGAACUACCAUAUAUUCUACCAGCUGUGUGCCUCUUCACAUUUACCAGAGUUCAAAGCCUUUGAUUUAGGUUGCGCAGAUGACUUCCACUGUACUAACCAGGGUCAGAGCCCAGUCAUCGAUGGAGUGGAUGAUGCCAAAGAGAUGUGCAAUACCAGGAGGGCUUUCUCCCUGUUAGGAAUCAGUGAAAGUGAUCAAAUGGCAAUUUACCAAAUUUUGGCAGCUAUUCUCCAUCUUAGCAAUGUGGAGGUGAAAGAUCAGUCAGCAGACAGAUGCAGCAUCUUGCCAGACAAUGUCCACCUGAUGGUGUUUUGUGAGUUGAUGGGGGUGCCCUGUGAAGAAAUGGCCCACUGGUUAUGUCACAGGAAACUCAAGACGACUACAGAAACCUAUGUCAAGUCUGUCUCUAAAAUGAAUGCGGUCAAUGGCCGAGACGCCCUGGCCAAACACAUCUAUGCUGGACUCUUCAGCUGGAUUGUGGCCAGUAUUAACAAUGCCUUAAAGUCUGCAGCAAAACAGCAUUCCUUCAUUGGUGUGCUCGACAUUUACGGGUUUGAAACAUUUGAUGUCAACAGCUUUGAACAGUUUUGCAUCAAUUAUGCCAAUGAGAAGCUUCAACAACAGUUCAACCUGCAUGUCUUUAAACUGGAGCAAGAGGAGUACAUGAAAGAGGAGAUUCCCUGGACAUUGAUUGACUUUGACGACAACCAGCCAUGUAUUGAUCUCAUUGAAGCCAAGCUGGGGGUUCUGGACCUUCUGGAUGAAGAGUGCAAAAUGCCCAAAGGCUCUGAUGACACAUGGGCCCAGAAACUGUACAACACCCUGCUGAAGAAGCAGAAUGCUUACUUUGAUAAACCCAGGUUAUCAAACAGAGCUUUCAUCAUCCGCCACUUUGCAGAUAAGGUGGAGUACCAGUGUGAGGGUUUCCUGGAGAAAAACAAGGACACAGUCAAUGAGGAGCAGAUAAAUGUUCUGAAAAAGAGCAAGGUUGUUUGGUUGCUGAAGCUGUUUGAGGAUGAUGAGAAGGCAACGAGUUCUACGAACAAGCGUGCUAGUGUCACUGGAAGGACCGGUCAGACUCCGAGGGAUAAUAAGAAGACUGUUGGACUGCAGUUUCGACAGUCUCUACAUUUGCUGAUGGACACACUAAAUGCUACAACUCCUCACUACGUACGCUGCAUCAAGCCAAAUGACCACAAAUCUCCAUUCAUCAUGGAUCCUGUGAGGGCAGUGCAGCAGCUUCGAGCAUGUGGCAUCCUCGAAACAAUCCGGAUAUCAGCAGCAGGCUUCCCAUCUAGAUGGACCUAUCAGGAAUUCUUUAGUCGUUAUCGGGUCCUCAUGAAGCAAAAGGAUGUGCUUCUUGACAGAAAACAAACCUGCAAAAAUCUCCUCGAAAAACUUAUAAAGAACCAGGAUAAGUAUAAGUUUGGCAAAACCAAGAUCUUCUUCAGGGCUGGUCAGGUGGCUUACCUGGAGAAGUUGCGUUCUGACAAGCUGCGUAUGGCGUGUGUCCGCAUCCAGAAGACUAUCCGCUGCUGGCUAGCCCGCAAAAAGUACCUGAGGAUGAGGGAAUCUGCUAUCACCAUACAGAGACAUGUACGGGGUCACCAGGCACGCUGUUAUGUUGCGUUUCUGCGAAGAACCAGAGCAGCUAUUAUCAUUCAGCGGAAUGUGCGUAUGUGGGUGACCAGGAGACGCUACCAGCAGCAGCGCUCUGCAGCUAUCACUAUUCAGUGCAUCUUGAGGGCCUACAUGGCUAGAAAGCAGUACUAUAAGUUGGUGUUUGAGCAAAAAGCUGUUGUCCUCCAGAAAUGGGUGAAAGGCUGGCUGGCUAGACGGCAUUUCAGACGCACCGUGGCUGCCAUCGUCCUGCUGCAGAGCUGUGUACGUCGCAUAAAGGCCAAGAAGGAAUUGAAGAAGCUGAAAGUGGAGGCGCGCUCUGUGGAGCGCUUCAAGAAGCUCAAUGUUGGCAUGGAGAACAAGAUUAUGCAGUUGCAGCACAAGAUAAAUGAGCAGCAUAAAGAGAACAGAGAGCUCAGUGAGAGGCUGAAUGCUGUGGAGAAGACCCAGACUAUGGAGAGAGAGAAACAGAGCAGAGAGAUCGAAAGCCUACGUAGAUCAGAACAGGAGGCCAAAGCCAAGGCAGUGACGGUUCCCUCUCUGCUGGAGAAGCUCUCCUUCCUUCAGCACGAGCUGGAAAACACCCGCAGAGAGAAAGAAGACCUUGAAGCGCAGACCAAGGUAUACAAGGAGCAGACACAACAGGUGGUAGAAGACCUUAAUAUGAAGAACAGCUUGUUGAACAGCGAGAAAGAUGAGCUGAACAAACUAAUCCUGGAACAAGCCCAUCAGUUAACAGAUAUUAAAACCUACGUUGAGAAUGCAGAACAGCUGGAAAAGGACUUAACUGAAGAGCGCUCUCGCUACCAAAGUCUGUUGAGUGAAAACCUGCAUCUGGAAGAGCGGCACAGAGACCUGAAGGAAGAGAUGAAUCUCAGCACUAGUUCAAGCAAAUCUGGUCACAAUAGGACAGACUCCAACUACAGCAGCAACUCAUCUGAGUUUAGUCAGAGCUUAGGCUCUACUGAGGGAGAAGACUGCUCCAUACAAACAGAGGAUAAGACCCAGGCAACGGUGGACCUGCCGGUCCUUCUGAAGCUCCAGAGAAGAGUGAAGGAACUGGAGCAGGAAAACCGGUCACUAUGGCAGCAGCUGGAUAACAGAGAAGAUGCCCAACAAGAAAGGGCAGAAGAGGCGGAGGAGCAGAGAACUGUUGGCAGAGCAGAGCUGGACUUGGAGACACUGAAGCGACAAGAACUGGAGGCUGAGAACAAGAAGCUGAAGCAGGAUCUAAACCAGCUGCGGAAGUCUCUGACCAAUGAGAAUAGUGAAUUGGCGCCCCCUAUCCCUGGCUCUCUGCCCUACAACAUACUGCUGGAUCACCUCAGUUCUUCCAAUGAGGAGCUGGAGAUGCGAAAAGAGGAAGUGCUGCUCCUCCGGUCACAUAUGGUCCGCCAAGAGGCCCUUAAACACAAGGACUCUGUGCUCGGGGAAGGUGUGAAAUUAGAUCUAAGUGAAAUUCCCUCAUUUCAAGAUGUUGACAGGUCCACAGGCAUCCAUACACUGAAUGAAGAUGGAGAGCUGUGGCUGGCUUAUGAAGGCUUGAAAGAGACCAAUAGACUUCUGGAGGGCCAGAUGCAGGAGCAGGAACGUGUUCACAAUGAGGAGUAUAGGAAGCUGCAUGAGGAGGUGAAGAAGUUGAAGGCUGAAAAGGAGCAACAGCAGAAGCUGCUGGCCCAGAGCCUCCUCCUGCCUGAAGAUGCCCGUAUUGAUGCGAGCCUGAAGAACGAGAUCACACUGCUCACCAAUGACAACCUGGAACUCAUGAAACAGCAAGAGCAACAAGACAAAACCAUGCGCAAGUUAAAAAAACAACUUAAACUUUACAUUAAAAAAGUUGAAGAUUUUGAAGCGAGUGCUCAGCAAAAGAAUAAAGCUCCUGUGAUGAGCGCUCCUGUCAGAGCGGUGAAUAUCACCCGCAAGGAGAAAGAGUACCGGGGCAUGUUGGAGUACAGGGAGGGUGACGAGAGCCGCUUGCUUAAGAAUCUGGUCGAAGAUCUGAAGCCUCGUGGUGUAGCUGUCAGCUUCACUCCUGGACUUCCGGCUUACAUCAUCUUCAUGUGUGUACGAUAUGCAGACAAUGUGAAUGAUGAUCAGAGAGUCAGCACUCUGCUCAAUUCCACCAUCAGCAGCAUCAAGAGGGUCAUUAAGAGGAGAGGAAAGGAUUUUGAAGCGGUGUCUUUCUGGCUUGCCAACACAUGCCGAUUGAUGCACUGUCUGAAGCAGUACAGUGGAGAUGAGGCCUUCAUAACGCACAACACAGCUAAGCAAAAUGAGCAGUGCCUAGCCAACUUUGAACUGUCAGAGUACCAGCAGGUUUUUGGUGAUCUAGCCAUCCAAAUUUACCGCCAGCUCAUCAAAUGCAUGGAGGACAUCCUGCAGCCCCUGAUUGUGGCAAGCAUGCUGGAGCACGAGACAAUCCAGGGUGUUUUGGGGUCCAAACCCACAGGCCUGAGGAAGAGAAGCACCAGUUUCCCAGAGCCGGCUGUUACAGUGGAAGUCCUGCUGCAGCGUCUUGGCCUCUUCUACACCACCAUGAGCCAGCACGGGAUGGACUCGGACCUCAUUAAACAGGUGGUCAAGCAGCAGUUUUACAUCAUCUGUGCGGUCACACUCAACCACCUGCUGCUGCGGAAGGACAUGUGCUCCUGGAGUAAAGGCCUGCAGAUCAGGUACAAUGUUUGGCAGUUGGAAGAAUGGCUGGCAGAGAGGGAGCUUGCAGACUGCGGUGCCAAGGAGACUCUGGAGCCUCUUGUACAGGCUGCACAGCUCCUACAGAUCAAGAAGAAGACUGAGGAAGACGCACAAACUAUUUGCACAAUGUGUUCUGCCCUCACCACAGCACAGAUUGUAAAAGUGUUGACCUUGUACACCCCAGUGAUUGAGUUUGAAGAGCGAGUGCCGACCACUUUCAUCACAACUAUUAAAAACCUUUUAAAAGACAGAGUUGAGUCAUCCACUUUGAUGAUGGAUGGCAAGAAGAUCUUUUCCGUCACCCUCCCGUUCACACCCUCCUCUGUGGCUCUGGAGACAAUCCAGAUCCCUGCGAGCCUCAAUCUGGGCUUCCUCGCCCGCAUCUAGACCUAGACUUCUGACACGGACUCCUGUUUACAAGAGUAAAAACUCCUAAGACUGUUUUUCACCAAAGUUUCUACCAGUUGUAAUGUUUACACUAUCACUGAUUAUUGCAGAAUGAGGAUACAUUGUUUACAUGUGUCUUUGUAUUAGCUUUUCAGCACUGCCUAGCCAAAGAGUAAUAACUGUAUGAAUGGUAAAUUUGCAACAACUAAAAAGAAAUUUGACUUUUCACAUUAUGACAUCUGCAAGUGAUAGAUAUCCUGGUAACUAUUAAUAUAAGUUUUUUUAAUGGUUAACCAUGAGCUAUGUUAAAAUAUUGAUGUGCAUCUGAUCUAAAUGUUGGAAAUGUCUCAAGAUGAAAUUCUGUUUUAUUUCUGUAACUUCAAAACUACUAAUAUCAGGUGAUGGUAUUUAUGUCUGUACAAUGCCAGGGAACAGAAAAUAAUUUGAGUAUGUAUUUAACCAGUCUUUAUGUUGUCACUUAUAGUAAAGGCUGGCUUUUCAGUAAAAUGGUUGGAAGUGCUUAAAAAAAAAAUAGUUUCACUACCUCACGGGGUGUUGUGGAUUUGGAAAAUAUUUUAAUUAUGUUUUAGUAUUCUCUUUCUUGACACUGACACACUCACUGUUGUAAUGGUUCAUAGUUAUGUAAUAAGGUCUAAAAUUGUAUUUAGCAGUAGAUAUCCUUCAUGGAACACAUUUAUUUAAACAAGGAUGUGCCCUCUAAUCCUCAUCUAAUUAUUUGAAAGAAGAGCUGUAGAAUUGAGACUGGAAGACUUUUAAAACUCAUCUUUUUAAGUCCCUGACAAGUUUAGGGAUCUAGGAUUUAAAAAUAUAAGUGUGUGGACUGAUGUAACUAACUCUUGCCUUCCAGUCUAAGUAAUAUCUGAUCCUUACAUGAUCACCAUGCUAUAUGCUGCCAGAGCAUGUUAUCUUUUAUCGUGCCAUGUUCAUCAUGCUCUGUAUUUGCAAAUGCUUAACAUAUGAAAAUGCCUAAAAAGUUAAUAACUGAUUAAUCUCUGGGUUUUUAAAGCUUCUCAGCUGUGCACACCA